GCCAUAAGAUUCCGGUAGAACUAUACGUAUACAAUAGACAAUUCAAUAAUUUAAAAAAUGCACUAAUUUUAUUACAAUUUACAUUAAAGCAUAGAAUAGAACACAACCAAUCUAACAUAACCAAAUAUUAAAUCUUAAUAAUCCAAGCGUUACUACAAUUAAAAUAUCAAAAAGAGAAAUAUAUACGCUCUAAAGAUCUAAAUAACAGCUAUUUUAUCCUACUUGAACGUAUAUUUGAAAUAUACUCUCAAACCGACGACCGUACAACAAACAUACACUUUACGAGGUAUUAGAAUUUAGAAGUUGAUGCUAGGAUGGAUUAGGAGGAUUGUACAUAGUCAAACAUAUACAUUUAGACCUAUAUUUAUUUGCUGGUCCCACAAUAAAACUUAGUUAAAGCUUGGAAAUAUGGAUCGUGGUAUGACAAGAAAAGAGGGAAGUACAUCUAGAGUUGAAGAGCCCUCAAAUACUCACACUAAUGCAGUGACUGAGUGUGUUCGAUAUAUAUUAUGUCGUGAAGGAAGCAAAGUUCCAAUCAAAAGAAGUGAAAUCAAAGAUUACCUCAGUACGUCUUCACAAAUCUCCCAAAAUGAUAUGAAUACUAUCAUAUUAGAAGCUGAAAGAGUAUUAAAAAAGAUAUAUGGUUUCAAAUUAGUGCAAAUAGCAUCAAAAUCUGGAGUUCAAUAUAUUGUAGUUUUGGCUGAACUAUGUGAAGAUUCCUUGUUAUCUACAAUAACUGAUGUUACCCACAGACAGCUGCUGGUGGCAGCACUAACACAUAUCUUUAUGACUGGAGGGCCUGUAAAAGAUGAUGACAUGUGGAAUUUUCUUGCUGAAACUGGUCUCCUGAAAGAAACAGAUAAUGCUGGACGCAAAAUAAUUACAAAUUUAUUUACUAAGCAAUUGUAUCUAAAGUAUACCAAGGUUGGCGAAAAUGAAUUAGCUAGACAUGUUUUUGAAUGGGGUCAAAGAGCAAUCGAAGAAGUACCUAAAAUAUUUCUACUUAACAAAAUGGCACAGGCAUUUGAAAGAGAUCCAAAAGACUGGAUUGAACAAUACCAAGACUGCACAGUAAUGGAUUAGAAUUGAUCUUCAUUAAGUAAAAAAAUAUCCUAGUUCUGAACAAUAUAGACUGUUACUUUGGGCAUGUGUUGUUGCAAUAUCUUAAAUUACCAUUCACCUACAACUAAUUUAUAACAUAGGAAACAUAUUAAAUAAAACCAUUUUAUCUGAA